AAUAUCCAUUUUCAGAUUUUGCGGUGAAACUCAACCUUAUGCAAAAACUCAAACUCAACUGCAAGUACUUAUCCAAUCCCUUCAAUUCUCCUUAUUAUUCUGAAAAAAAUCAGAAUAGAUCAAUAUAUUGUUGAUAAGCAGCCACUCAAUUUCCGUUUCCCUGUGCAUGCAGCGCUUGAUUACAAGAUUAUUCAUUUAUUUGUUGCUGACAUUGAAGGAAAUUAGUUAUACCUUUCGCGUUGGGUUUUCUUUCAAAAAAAGUUCAGAUAAACACUGAUGUCAAUCUUCGGUUCCGCUCGGUCGUCUGCAUGCCUGCAAAUUUGCGUCAUCUUUUUUUUUUUAUUAUUUUAUUUUAUAGAAUUUUCCUUUAUUUUCAUGCAUUCAGAAAUUUCUGCUAUUGAAUCAUUUCCUUUGUGGGGUGUUUCUGUUACAUCUUAAAGUAAUUUUUCUAGCUGUUAAAUGUGCAACUUUUGUUGGAAGAAUAUAUGUAUUCAAAAAACAAUCAAAUUUGAUGGUUACAAUUUAUUCAUCAGUUUCCUCUUCAUUUCCCUGUUUGAUGUGUUCUUUUUUCUAUUUUCAGUUACACUUUUCAUAUCUAGCAUAAACAGUCACGUGUGUAUUUUUUUAUAAACAGCCCUUGUUGCAGUAAUCCUUGCAUAAGUAUCCAUAUGAAGUUGAAAUGAAUUAUUUGCCAGCCCUGCAUCAUUUACUCAAUACAAUUGAGAAUGCCCCCUAAUUGCUAUCUCUCUGUAUUGCUAAGUUUGAUGUAGGAAAUGAUAAUAAGAAGUAUCUUUAGGAGAUAUGAGAGGUGGAAUCCCGUGCAUCCAACAACCGGAGCCUUUUGGGGCGUGGGGGUGGGCAUUGGUUGUGGCAUAGGAUGGGGUCCCGGCUUUGGACACGAGGUAGUUGGUUAUGUUGGAGCUGGCUGUGGUGCUGGAUUUAGCGUUGGGAUCACUUUUCUUGGCUUCGGAAUUGGCCUUCCGGCUAACUACAUCUUACAGCUCCCUUCUAGUGCUGUUAAGGUUACAACGAGGGGAGCGUGGGAUGUUGCUCGGGCACUUGGGAAGAGGGGUCUUGAAACUGAUGGCUGGGCUGGGAUUAGUUCUAACAUCUCUGAAGUACUACAGAAUCCGUAUCAGUAUGCGCCUUUCUCCUCCUUCAAGGCUGUAAAUUGGAAGGAGAACAUUGUAGAUUUUGAUUGCAUAAAAAGUUCAGUGGCUUCAAAUGCUAAGCAGAUAGCAGAUUGCUUUCAAAGAGUUGGGGGGCGCUUCGGGUGGAGCUGGAUGGAUGUCGAGUUUCUUCCAGGUUCGAAGAAUUUAUAGCAUCAAGUACCGUCAAAACAACUUCGCCUUGAGACUGGUUCGUGCCCGUGUCUGUGUCCAUACUGUUUUGUAGCGGUGAAUAAGUGUAUCCACGAGAGAAAAGUUCUCCAAAUAAUUAAGUUUUUAGUGUGAUAUGAUAUGUAUAAUGUUGUUGUUGAGGGAUUUGAUUUUUAUGAAAAUAUAAACAUAUAGGCAAAAGGAAAAUAAUUGUAACGGAUAAAUAAUGGUAAGGAAAAUGGAGGCCGAAAUGUGAUGCGGUGCACUGCUGGGGUAAGCCUUACCACUUACCAGGGGUCGUGGCUUGGCCUGGCACCCUUAGUUGCGGUAUGUGCUGCGGAUCAAACAUUUUAUUUUAUUGUUAGUUCUCACCGAUUUUUUUUUA